AGCCUCGCGGGGAGCGCAGGGGCGCGCGCGCAGCUGCGUCUCUCCGCGCAGGCGCGCCGCCGGGACCCGGAAGCAGUCGCUGGAGCCCCGCCCCGCCCGCCAAUACCGCGGCGCGGCCGCAAGGCGCUUCCUUUCUGCGCUCGAGCACGUCGCGAACGCACCAGGCCCCGCCACCAUGCAGAACGACGCCGGCGAGUUCGUUGACCUGUACGUGCCGCGGAAAUGCUCAGCGAGCAACCGCAUCAUUGGCGCCAAGGACCACGCGUCCAUCCAGAUGAACGUGGCCGAGGUGGACAAAGUAACCGGCAGGUUCAACGGGCAGUUUAAGACGUACGCCAUCUGCGGGGCCAUCCGCAGGAUGGGCGAGUCCGAUGAUUCCAUUCUCCGCCUGGCCAAGGCCGACAGCAUCGUGUCCAAGAACUUCUGAGGGAGCAGCAUGGAGGGGGAGACCGGCAUGAAUAAACGGUGCAAACCCA